CUAAGCCAUUAAAAUAGGGCGCACCUGCAAACUCUUCUGUCGUAAGAAAAUUUUGGUGCCAAAAGUUCUCUUAAGAAACGGUGCAUUUGAUUUGCCAACAGUGGAAACUCUCGCCGUCAAGGAACCCUACUCUCUCGCUCUGGACCAGAUUGGUGGUCUGAGAAUAAUGGGUUCUAUAGAUAUCAUCAAGUCAUGCCUGGAUUCAAUUCAUCAAACAGCAGAUCAGGUGGCUGAUGCAAUUGUUUAUCUGGAUGCUGGUUCCUUUGAGGCAUUCCAAUUUGUUGGUGCAUUCCCUUUGUUACUGGAACUUGGUGCGCGUGCUAUUUGCAGCUUAGAAAAUGUGUCGUCUCUUGAUGCUGUGGUUAACUGGAAGUCAAAUUUUGAGGAUCCUGCGAAGAAGAUCGUGGUCAUAACAUCACGCCUUUUAAGUGAUGCGCAUCGGUAUAUUUUACGUUGCCUAAGCAUGCACUCAACUGUUCAUCAUUGUAUGAUAUUCACGUCCAUUUCAGAGAUAGCCCACUCUGCCUAUAUUGAUACUCCACUUGGACCUGACGCAUUUCGUGAAUAUGAAUCCUUACUUCUUCAAGAUUAUGAGGAGUUCAUGUGCAAGCAUAAACUGGUAAAGCCUGAUGAGGCCGAGGAAACCAAGCCACAUGAAGAGGUUUUAUUGGAGGAUGAGGGUUGGCAACAGUUGGAUUCGAAUGAAGAGCUUACUUCCAGCCCUGGAUCAGGAUCCACUGAGCGUCUAUUAGGUCAAAGCAAUGCCUCCAAAGGAUCGAGUAAACUGACUGUAUCAGUCACUCAUUUCCCGAUGAUUUUAUGUCCUCUCUCACCUGGCGUUUUUGUUCUGCCUUCUGAGGGUGCAGUUGCAGAAGCUUGCUUAUCUAUAGAUCAUGAUGAUUCUGUUAGCCCUGGGCUGCCUGCUAUAAGUAAUGGAGCAGCAUCUGAUGGUGAGGACAUUCCUCCUGGAGCCACCCUCACAGCGCAUUUCCUUUACCAUCUGGCUGAGAAGAUGGAUUUGAAGAUGGAAGUAUUUUCUCUGGGUGAUUUGUCAAGGAAUAUUGGGAAGAUUUUGAUGGACAUGUCAAGCCUUUAUGAUGUGGGUGGACGUGGUAAAAGAUCCGCCGGUUUAUUGCUUGUUGACAGAACACUCGAUCUCCUCUCACCAUGCCUUCAUGGUGACUCACUUGUUGAUCGCAUGUUUGCAUCUUUGCCGCGCAGGGAAAGAAUGGCCUUCGCUCCUCAUACAAAAGACUCAAACCCUCAAAACAAGGCUGUCUCUUGCGGUUUGCAGCGUGCCCCUCUCGAUGUUCGAAUACCUCUUGAAAGCAUUCUUAGCGAAAAUGGGUCUCCAAAGAAUGGCUUUCCCUUCUCCAAAAGUAUGCAAUCCUUUGUAUCUGGAUGGAGUUCCAAUGAUAAAGGUUCCUCUGUUACAAGUUUAAAUGACCAAAGUGGCAAAGUUACUAAUGCUAUCCAUGUGGGGUGCUCUGAAACUGGUUUUCUUAGUGGGUCCCUCGUAUCCACUGAGAACCAUCUAGGGGUGCGUUAUUUGGAAGCUCUACUUGAUAGAAAAACAAAAGAUGGAGCUUUGCUAAUAAAGAAGUGGCUCCAGGAUGCCCUUUGUAGAGAGAAGUUGCAUUUGAGCCUAAACAUUCGACCUAGUCCUGCUAAUGUAUCAGAGUUGCAUUCUAUGAUAAAGUUGUUGGCUUCUACUCAGGCAUCCUUAAUAAGAAACAAAGGGAUCAUUCAGCUUGCCAUGGCUGCUCUAGUAGCCCUUAGUGAACCUCGUAGUUCUCGCUGGAAGGCAUUUACUAAUGCCGAGAAAAUUUUAAAUUUUAGUGCCACUGAUACAAGUCAGAGCCUUUGUGGCCAAAUUUGUGAUUUAAUCAAUAAGAGCAGUUUGGUUGGUUCUUUUGAAAAUGACAAAAGCAAGAAGAGCCAGCAGUCUCUUCUCUCUUUCCAAGAUGCGAUUGUCCUUGCUAUUACUGGAUACAUCUUGGCUGGUCAAAAUUUUGCAACUUCUGGUUCUGGGGGUCCUUUUUCUUGGGAAAAAGAGCAUUCCCUAAAGGAAGCUUUUGCAGAUGCAAUCCUCGAGUGUUCACAAGAACUGAAUUUUGGGUUUCUUCGGGGUCUAGAAGAUGAUUUGGAAGCUCAUAGGAAGAAGCUUGCGUCUGAAAAGAUGGAAGGGACUUCUUUAGAGCAACCAACGAUUGAUUUUGAAGACCAGUGGGGUAGCUGGGAUGAGGAAGAUACAGAGCAUAACAGUGAACACAUUUAUGGAGACAUGCAGUUGAGGUUGGAAAUACGUGAUAGAGUUGAUCAUCUAUUCAAGGUUUUCCAUAAAUUGUCGGGCUUGAAUAGAAACUCCAUCUCUAGAGGGUCAUUGAGUAUAGAUGAUUAUUCAAGCGAUGAUACUUUGGGUAACAGGGGAUUGUUGUAUAAACUUCUUAGGUUAACAUUGGAAAAAGAUGAUAUACCUGGUUUGCAUUAUCAUUCAUCGGCAGUUGGGCGAUUUUUUAAAAGCGGGUUUGGAAGAUUUGGCCUAGGCCAGGCAAAACCAAAGUUCGGUGAUCAGAGUGUGCUGUUCGUUUUCAUAGUGGGCGGGAUUAACACGGUUGAGAUACGUGAAGCUCGUGAGGUAGUGGUAGAAACUGGUGGCCCCGUAGUUGAUUUGUUACUCGGUGGUACUACUCUUCUAACUGCAAAUGACAUGUUUGAUUUGCUGCUUGGAUCUUCCAGCUACAUUUAGCACUUCUCAAUCUUUGUUGGGAAUCCAAUUUUUAGUCAUUUAUUAUUGAGUGCGAUGCCACCACAAUUGUAUUAUUUUGUAUAAUGUAUAUACCCACCCAUAGUCGGAAUUUUUUAUUUAUUUUUAAUAGUCACCCUUUGACUUUUUUCGGGAACUAACCAUCAAAAUGGUUAUGGAGGUUGCUGUAGUCUUGUUCAAAUGAGGAUGGUAGAUGAAUAUUAAUGUCCCUA